AUAUUUAUACUUUGUUUUAUAUUAACAGAGAAUAAACAAUGAUGUUUUUGAAAAAUGGUACUAGUGCUCGUAAGUAUAAAUUUGAUCUCUUUGAUUCAAAUAAGGUUAUAUCAGGUAUGAUAUUGUUAUUGACUUCUUUUAUUAACCUUUCCAUGGUUUUUAUGGUAGUGACCUUUGAAUUCUAAUGCUAUAUUGAAUUUUCGUUCGAAAAACCUGUAAAUCACCCUUGUCCCCAGUGCCUUUGCGUGGCUUGUACGAAACUGUUUUUGUAAACAUAGUUUUGUUAAUAAUUAAGUGAGAACGGAGAAGAACACAAAAAAUUUCAAUAUUAUUUUUUCUAACCUUUUAAGUUAUUUCGAUAAAGGAAAAGGUAGGUAAAUUUCGAAUCCUUUUCGAGUGCUUUUUCGAACGCACAUUUUAAAUUUACAUUGAAACUUUUAACGCGUGUUUUUAUGUUCAGCACAAUGACUGAAAAGUGAUACAUGGAAGAAAAAUUUCAGGAAUGGUUGGAAGUUGAAAGGACUAAACGGAAUUCCGUAAUAAUGCCCGAACAGACUUAUAAAACAAUGGUAGAUUUUCUAUGUGGAAGAAUAGACAACGUUCCACGUGCUAUGAAAAGAAAAUUGCGAAGAAAAAAAUUCCAAGUGAUGAGUUAUCCUACACUUGGUUUAUCGGAUGUUUUGUGCUCUCCAUUUCCCGAUGGCGAUUCUCCUCUGGGAAAAUAUCGUCGCGUAGCAACAGACCGACAGAUGUUUGACAUUAUCAAUAGAGUACACCGCCAAGAAGUUGGUCACCAAGGGGUUCAUAAAACGUUUGAAAAGAUAGCACGCACCUAUGAUAACGUUACUAGAGACGCUGUUGGUGCUUAUAUAAAGCUUUUCACAAAACGGUGCUUAUGAAGCUGCUAAACUUCAUACUGCUAUUUAUCGAAGAAUAACACCAACCAACCAAUGCUUGUCAUUUUUUGGAGCAGAAUACGAAUGUAUGAUAAAAAACUUCGUUGCGCCAUUCAUGGAACAUAUUGUGGAGUCAGCUUGCAACAGUCCGCAUUGUGGCAUGAAACAAUCGAGAGCCUGCUUCGACACAUUUCCUUCGGCAACGGUGAAAAGUUCCUUUGUCCAUGAUGUCCAAAAGUGGUUUCUUGAAGCAACAACGUCAGUUUGUGGAAAGAAAGUAAAUCAGAACAUUUCUGACGAAUUUUCUUUCGUCGACGAAAACAUAACAACAGGGUAUAGUACGCCAAUAUGUUCGUAUUCGAUGGUAAAAGUUAUUAAUUUUUUAACUAUGUUAUUGUUUCCAUAGGAUAAAGAACAGAUAUUGUAAUGAAACAGAAUAUACAAGGCCCGAUUUUUUAAAAAGCUUCCUCAACUAUUAGUUGUUGAUGUUGCAGGCGAUAUUGACCCAAUAGACAUGGCUACCAUUCCCGAACAAUUACACAUUCGGUUUUCCACAAAUCAAGGAAAUAGGUAUUAUCGAGGCCAAAAAAUAUCUUAAGUUCGGUUUGGAUGUUUUUUAACUUUGAAAGAGGCCUUCUGAACAUUUAUAGAAUGAGACCUAUAUUGAUAUAUCCUUUAACCGCGUAAUCUUUUUUAAGGUGCCAGAAACUGUGGUGGAUGAGUUGGUUGAUAUAACGCUAGUUAGGGAUUUCUGCUCCAAAAAAGCAUACAACAAAAUGGCAGCAACGAUACAGGAGAAAAAACAUGCGCCUUUGUGGAAAUGCAGUCAUUGCAGACGAAAAAUUGGAAAAGGAAGAUCAAUUGCAUGCGAUCGCUGUCUUGUCUGGCGUCAUUUUAAAUGCUCCAAAUUGGCUGUAAAACCCUUAGGGGACUGGUUUUGGGAUCUAUGUUUACAUAUUGCAAAAAAAGGUCAGUAAAGCUUCCCUGAGUUGCUACACAAAAUUGUAUAAUUAACAUGUACUAUGAGUUUUCUUUUUUUAACUUAUAUUCCAGAUUUCCAGCAGCGUCAACAACAAAGAGAAGCAGGCAUUUAAAAAUUAAUUAUAAGCCUGAUCGCAAACAAUUUCAUAAUAAUAAUGAGGUAGUUAUACAAUGAUUACUUUCCUUUAAUAGAGAAAGAAGUGGAAGACGAAGAAGAAAGGGAGAGGCAAUGGAGGAGAGAGUUUUUGCCAUUAUUAUACAAAAACGGUACCCUGGACUACCUGGUACAACAAUCGAAGCUGCCUGAAGUAAAUUCACUACUUCUGAUUAAACGUUCUGGUAGCAAGUAUCAAGCAUUUUAUAACGAAAUACUGGCGACAAAACAUCCUCAAUUUUAUCAAAAACUGAUGCGUCAUUCGAACAUUGCAGAGCCAACUGGAGUCAUCACCAAUUACAUUCGGAUGAAGUACCCGUGCGAAUUCGAUAUAGGGAGAUUAUCGUUAAACCGCAUUCAGUUUUUGUUGGUGGAAAUUAUUGAUAGAGUAAAUAAAAAAAGCGAUGUAAAGACCAUAAAUUAUAAUAUAUAGUAGUCUUCAUCA